AUGGAAACGCACGGGACUGAGCAGGAGUACGUUGUCAUUCUUGAUGCCGGCUCGCAGUAUGGGAAGGUGAUUGACAGGAAGAUUCGCGAACUAAAAGUGGAGUCGCGUGUGAUGCCGCUCAACACCCCAACCGAAACCCUCCGCAGCGACCGCCGGAUCAAAGGCAUCAUUAUAAGCGGAGGUCCAAGCUCCAUCUACGACAAGGAUGCUCCAGCAUUUAACCCUGAUCUUUUUGAGGUUGGGAAGCCGUUGCUUGGCGUAUGCUACGGGAUGCAGCUUCUCACGCAGGCCUUUGGAGGGAGCGUUGGCCAAACCGAUGUGCGAGAGGACGGCCAAGACGAAAUAUGGAUUGACUUAACCUCACAGCUUUUUAACGGACUCUCUUCAAAAGAAAAGGUUUUACUCACGCACGGAGACUCCAUUACGGAGCCUGGACCACAGCUUAAGGUCAUAGCACGCAGUAGUGCCAAUAUUAUUGCCGCUGUUGGGCACCACCAGCUUCCACUGUUUGGUGUGCAGUUUCAUCCGGAGGUGGAGCUUACGGAAAAUGGCAUGCAGAUAUUUAAGAAUUUUUUGACUCUCUGUGGCUGUCACUUUACCUUCACGAUGGAAGACCGUGAACAGGUUGCACUUCGCAUGAUUCGUGAACGUACGGCUCAAGGGCAAAAAGUACUGUGUCUUGCGUCGGGUGGGGUUGACAGUACUGUGUGUGCGGUGUUGCUGCUCAAGGCUCUCGGACGCGAGCGGGUGGUGUGUGUACACAUUGAUCAUGGGUUUAUGCGUCUCAGGGAGAGCGAAGAAGUGGUGGCCGCUUUAGAGGGGGCCGGGGUUUCUGUGAUCCUUGUUAAUGCCUCCGAGCAAUUUGCGCAAGCGACAACAGAAAUGCCCGCUAGGCGCACACGUGCGCCAUAUAGGACAGAGAAGCUGUGUGAAGUGGUAGACCCCGAAGAGAAGCGUGUCAUUAUUGGUAAUACCUUCAUGUCUGUGUGUGAUGCUGUUGUUAAGGAUCUUAAGCUGGAUGUGAAUAAUAUACUGCUUGCCCAAGGCACUCUACGCCCAGACCUCAUUGAGUCCGGGUCCCCAUAUGCCAGUUGCACCGCGGAUACCAUUAAAACACAUCACAAUGAUACAGCUGUUGUUCGCCAGCUGCGCGAGUCUGGCCUAAUUAUAGAGCCACUUUGCGACUACCACAAGGAUGAGGUACGAGAGUUGGGUGUACGGCUUGGUAUUUCACCACACUUGGUGCAACGGCAGCCUUUUCCUGGACCUGGACUGGCUAUCCGCACCCUCUGCAGCGACGGCAUGCCCUACAGGGACGAGUUUUAUGAGUCAACAGCUCAAGUUGUGCAGGCCAUCUGCAAGGGUGACACGAGCAUUGAAUUGGUACAGCCACUGAGUGAGGCUCUUAAGGAUCUCCAGCCGGCUUCUUGUAUUCUGCCUGUGCGUACGGUUGGUGUUCAGGGCGAUGGCAGAACCUACGCCUACGCAGUGGCCAUUUCUACCGGUCGGUCUCCAUCGGAGGCGGAUUGGCGGGUACUUAGCCGUUUGGCGCUUGUCAUUCCGAAGGUUGCACGUCACGUCAAUCGCGUGGUGUUUAUGUUUGGCCCGAGGCGGGAUACUGCUCCGCAACGUGUCACGAAGACGACAUUGACUCCCGCCAGCCUCAACAAACUGCGUAUUGCGGACGACCUUGUAAAUUCUACUUUACUGAAGCACGAUCUUGUGCGCCGGCUUAGCCAAGUCCCCGUUAUCCUAACGCCGCUUGGCUUUGAGGAAAAGGGACAAUACAGCAUUGUAAUACGCACGUUUGUCACAAACGACUUCAUGACGGGGGUUCCCGCGCUUCCUGGAACCCCGCUGAUGCCGCUGGCCGCCUUGGAGGAAGUGGUGAAUUCGUUGCAGCAACUUGAUUUUGUGUCACGCGUCUUAUAUGAUCUUACGGCGAAACCGCCUGGAACGACGGAAUGGGAAUGA